AUGGCAUCUAUUAAAGAGGAGAGUGAAGACAUGAGGAUGGAAGAAACAUUCAGAGUGAAACAAGAAGAGACUGAGGAACAAACAGGCCUGAUGGCACUGAAAGAGGAGAGUCUGAAAGAAGAACUGAAUGAAAUGGAAGAGAAAAGUCAGGAUGAGAAACGUCAUGAUUUCAAGAGAGGAGAAAAAUCCUUAAAGACUGAAAAGACUUCCUCACAAAAAAGUGGUCAGAGGACUGACUCUAACAGUUUCACCUGCUGUCAGUGUGGUAAGAAUUUCACUUGUAAGCAAAACCUUGAAGUCCACAUGAGAGUUCACACUGGAGAGAAACCUUUCAGCUGCCAACAGUGUGGAAAGAGUUUCAAUCAAAAACAAAUCCUUAAAGUCCACAUGAGAGUUCACACUGGAGAGAAACCUUACACCUGCAAACUGUGUGGACAAAGUUUUAAACUUAAGGGAAAUCUUAAUGCCCACGUGAGAAUUCACACUGGAGAGAAACCGUACACGUGCAAACUGUGUGGGAAGAGCUUCUCACGAAAAGAAAGUCUUAAGACUCACUUGAACAUUCACACAGGAGAGAAGCCUUGCAUAUGUGGUCAGUGUGGAAAGAGAUUCACAUGUAAAGAAACCCUUAAUCACCACAUGAGGAUUCACUCAAAAGAGGACUGUUUUAUAUGUCAUCAGUGUGGAAAGAGUUUCCUGCAUAAAAGAAGCCUCAACACUCACAUUAGACUUCAUACUGGAGAGAAGCCUUUCAUCUGCCCUCAGUGUGGAAAAAGCUUCUCACAGAAAGGAAACCUUCAGACUCACAUAAGUAUUCACACUGGAGAGAAACCCUACACUUGCCGUCAGUGUGGAAAGAGUUUCAAUCAAAAACAUAGUCUUGAAGUCCACAUGAGAGUUCACACUGGAGAGAAACCUUUCAGCUGUCAACAGUGUGGAAAAAGUUUCACUCAAAAACAAAACCUUAAAGUCCAUACAAGAAUUCACACUGGAGAGAGCUCUUUCACCUGCCAAGAGUGUGGAAGCAGUUUCACUCAAAAAAUAAACCUUAAAGUCCACAUGAGAAUUCACACUGGAGAAAAGCCUUACACGUGCAAACUGUGUGGACAGAAUUUUACACACAAAAACAAUCUUAAUUCUCACACGAUAAGUCACACUGGAGAGAAGCUGUUCACAUGUGAUCAGUGUGGAAAGAGUUUCACACGCAAGGUUACCCUUAAUUACCACAUGAAAAUUCACUCAAGAGAGGACUGUUUUACAUGUCAUCAAUGUGAGAAAAAUUUCUGUCAUAAAUUAAGCCUCAAAAAUCACAUGAGAAUCCACACUGGAGAAAAGCCUUAUUCAUGCCCUCAGUGUGGAAGGAGUUUUACAUAUAAACCAUCCCUUGAUUCCCACAUGAGAACUCACACUGGAGAGACCCCUUACACCUGCAAAUAUUGUGGGAAGAAGUUCUCACAAAAAGGAAACCUUCAGACUCACAUAAGGCUUCACACUGGAGAGAAGCCUUUCUCAUGUCUUCAAUGUGAAAAGAGUUUUACAUAUCAAAGAGACCUUAAGCAACAUUUGCAAACUCAUUCUGGCAAGACAUUGCAGUGUUCCUCAGUGUUGUAAAAAAAAAUAAAAAAUUCACACAAAAUUAAAAAGUCAUGCAGAUGCGAGACCCUAUUUUGUGCUUGUAUGUGUGUGUAGAAAGAGGUUUUAACUGGCUCUGCAGUUUAAAAUUUCACCAGAAAAUAUGUAUCUAUGUAAAAUUAUUUCUUUCCCAUCAAUGUUUAAAAAAAGUUGCCAGUCAACUGCCAGCAAUUUAGACAAUUUUCACAAAAUUAUCACGGC